AUGUCUCGAUACUUUCCGCACACGCCCUACGCCGAGGACCAGCCCCUCGCAUACACCAUCCUGACCACGCACGUCGCCAUGCGCGCCGUCACCCUCGGCACCCUCCUCGGCAUCGCCACCACCUCCGCGCGCACCGCCAUCCCCGCCCUCCGCCGCCCCAACGCCGCCCCGUUCGCCGCGCGGCUGCUGCGGUCCUGCGCGGCCAGCAUCGCGGUGACCCUCGGCGUCACGGGCGUCGGGCUGGCGGCGCGCAUGCGGGGACGGGAGCGCAUCGAGUGGCAGGACCGCAGCUGGCGGCUGCUGGAGAACAGGGGCCAGCUGGAGACGGACGACUGGACGUGCGCGGGGAUGGGCGGCGGCGCGGCGGCGGCGGCGCUGGUGAUGGGAGGGAGGACGGGGUGGAGGGGGUUCGUCGGCGCGGCGGGCCUGGGGAGUGUGGGCGGCAUGAUGGGGUACGUGGCCUGGCGGUAUGGUGUGAAUGGGGGCAAGUUUCCGGAGAGGCUGGCGAGGAAGGAGGAGAGAAAGGGGCUGUAA